GAGAAUCAGUAUCAGGGUUUUGCCGUUUUCCUCUGCAACUUUGAAAGACUGGAUAUGCCCCUUCAUUACGAAACAUACUGGUUUGUGAAUGACAAAUAUGUCGCUGUCAAGGAAGUUGCUCUCUGGUCUGGAAAUUACGUUGAAAAUUCCCGGUUGACAGAAGAUGAUCUGAAAAGAGCUGGGUUCCACAAGUUUGGAUUUGAUGUGCGGUGCAGUGUCAGAGUGCGGGACAAGGCAGGUGGCUUCCCGGGACCAUCAAGACUGAGUGAACCGCAGUUUGCAGGAAUAAAGAUAGAGAACCCCACCUUAUCUGUAAAACAAGGUGAAACAAAACAACUUUCUGUAAUUUCAACUGUGCCAUUCAAAUGUGGCACUAAGUUUGGGGACUGUCGUGUCAAUCUGGAAGUGAGAGCACCACCUACAGACGAUAACACAGGAUGCAACCCCAAACCAUUGGUACAAACAGACUGCAAUUUACCUCUCCAGAAUACGAACACGCGGUAUCAUUUCCAAGUCACAGGAGAAACUACACUGGAUAAUGGAGCAUUUUACAGCUUAACAAAACUGAAUCUGACGACAAUAUCCAAUGAGAUGUCAUUCUUUCAUGAAUACACCGUCGGGAUAGCUACGGUCGAGGUCUCGAAGGACGGAUCUGGGUCUGUUGCCGAUGGGAGUGUAUGCCAUGCUGUGUGUGACCCUCAUAUGUUGACAUUUGAUGGCAGAUACUACGAACAUCAGUAUACUGGUCACUAUGUCCUGUACAAGAAUGAAGAGCAUAACAUUGAGGUUCAGAUGACAACAGCUCCAUGUGGGGACAGAGCAACUCCAACGUGUCCAUGUGCGAUCGCUAUACGUUCAGGACGGACUGUGUUCCGAUUCGACCGGUGUGCUGGCUACCGCGUACCUUGGGAAAUCGGGUUUGCAACAUGUGGAGGCCGCCCUGAGGAGAUGGCCGUCCACAAGAAACACAGUCAGUAUCAGGUGUAUUUGCCUACGGGAACAACAAUCAAGGUUGACGUAAGAUACGUUAAUCUGAAUGUGUUCAUCUAUCCAUCCGAGGCUGACAUAGGCCUCUCAUCGGGUCUUUGUGGAACACUGACGGGACACUGCUGCGAUGACAUUUCAGGUUCAUGGAGUCUCGAUAAGCACAAUUCCCUCUUUGACGACGAUGUUGUAAAGGAUCUGGAAAGCUUUACGGUAUUGGCCUCCUAUUGUACGUGUGAGACUAAGCCUAAUGAAUCUUCAACCAGCCCCCACGAUAAAGUUCUGUGUCCUGCCACCAAAGCUAAGCAGUGCAUAUAUCCAGCAAACUACAUACCAGUGAAUGAUAAGAAUUCUUGUGCAAUCAGGACAAGACGAAGACGAUCGAUUGGACCGAAUCUUGAAUCACGAAAUCGAAGGUCCACGGAGUGGAUGAACGGAUGGACAGCAGAGUUAAAGAACUCUUUAACAAAUCAGCGUCUGUCAACCUGUGUCAAAACAUUGAUGAAGAAAGCAUAGAGCGGAGUAAAGAGGACUGCAUUCUGGAUAUACAGUUGAUGGGCGACACCACCUUCUCGGACAUGGCGGUGGCGACAGCGAUGGAACAAUGUGGGAGGAAGGUGAUGAUGAACGCCACAGCUGCUGCUAAAGCUCCUGCAGCCAAUGGAACCACAGCGAGUCAGUGGGAGCAGUUUCAGAAGGUCUCCUGCGUCAACGAAUGUAGUCACAGAGGAACAUGUGUAGAAGGUGAAUGUCAGUGUGAGGCUGGAUAUGGAGCGUCGGAUUGCUCUGUAGAUAUCACCGAACCACCGAGAACAUUUGGGCUGAAAGAGGACGGCGUCUGUGAUGUCACCUCCCGCACCUGCAACGUCAGCCACAUGCUAACAGAGCAUAUCGUGCAGAACGGUUUCAGCAAUUGUCGCACUAGAUCCUUUGAGAUCGACUACAACAAUAGUGUAACUUAUGGUGAAGCGUUACCCCAGGCACUGGAAGUGGAAAGCAUUGCUGAAGCGUCUGCUCCCCUGCCUGCAGCACCUCUUGUAAUGAG